GCUCCUUCCCGGUGCUGUGAAGGUGAUGGCAGAGGACAGGGCAGAGUGGGAGGGGAAGGUUUUUGUCUCUGAGCCUUUUUCCCGUCUUCCUCCUCUUGCAACUACUUCCUGUAUCAUAGAGGACAGAGGUAAUGCAAGUCCUUGUGUCAUCCGCUCCACUUCAUACUGUGUGCCCUGUGAAGGUCAGACGGCCCUACUCAGCCGUCUACCGCUGGGGGCUUUGGUCACCCCACUGGCUAAACAAAAUGCUAAAGAGAAGCCCUUGCCACUGUGCAAAGAGCCAGAGUGCAUUGUGGGUUGUUGCUUGUGUGGGGCCUCUAUGUGCCCUGCUAUGGGCUGGCAGGACUGUGGUCAGAGGUUUUACUGCCCUUUCUGUGGGAAACUCAACGAAGUGUCGUGGCAACACUAUCAGCCGACCAAAGGAGCGGUCGGGGUUCGGGUUGAUAACGACCAGAGGCCUGAACUUCAUAUGGGGUCGUAUGAGAUCCUCAGCUCUCAGAAGGGUGAACCUGCUGCGCUGAUUCUAGCUAUAGAUGUGUCUGCUUCAGCACUGAGAGGAGGACAUUUGGAGUUUGUAACACAACAAAUACACACUCUGCUCACCUCUCUGAGCAGGGAGGAUGGUGACGUCCGGAUUGGUUUGAUGACGUAUGACAGCAGGAUCCACCUGUUUGACCUCAGCCCUGUCCUUUCACGCCCGCACAUGUUGGUCAUCACAGAGAAGGAAGACCUGCAACUUCCUGUGAGGGAGGGGCUUCUGGUGUCCGUGAAAGACUGUAUAGAGAGCGUUGACAGUGUGCUGCAGCUCAUUCCUCAGUUUAGUCCUGAGUGUGAUCACUCCAGUGGAGUUCCCAUGGAUCUGCCUAUCAAAGCAGGACUGGCUGUACUGCAGGCCUUGAGUUCUCCUGGAAAGUUGCUCAUCUUCCAUACUGCCCCUCUGAUAGAGAUGGGACACACACACUCCUCCUCAGGGUUCUUUGGCUCCAAUAAACCAAAGUCCAUCUUUCAGCCGUCGGAACCAGCCGUCUCAUUGGCCAAGGAGUGCGUCCGUCAGGGCUGCGGCGUUCACCUGUUCGUCCUCUCCCAGCAAGACGUGGGCGGUGCGUGGCCGGGCCAUAUUCCAUAUCUAACAGGUGGAGCUCUGUACACUUACAGCCACCUGCAGGGAGAAUUGGACAAGGAGCGUUUUAGCACCAGUCUAAAAAGGAUCGUAGAGACGGACACAGGCUACAAGGCUGAACUCAGGAUUUUUGUCAGUAAAGAUUUGCGUGUGUCCGGCUGUUAUGGACUGUUUGUCCCUGGUCCUAGUCCAAGCCAGGUCACCAUGGCGACGCUCGAUUGGCAGACAACACUGGCUGUGGAGCUCGCACACUCCAGAGCUCUGGAUCCGACGAGAGGUGUAGCCAUACAGGUUGUGUUGUCGUACAGCAGUCAGUCAGGAGACAGGAGGACCAGGGUUCACACUGUGACUCUGAGAUGCUCACCCCACCUACAGGAAGCUUUCCGACACUGCCAGGCCCAAACACUACUCGCCUUCUAUUGCAAGAAGAUGUAUUGUGCCGCGUUGGAGCGCCCUCUACAAGAGCUGAGGGAGGAACUGCAGACGGAGGUAACAGAAGCAUUGGCAUCUUACCGAAAACACUGCUGCUCUGCUUCAGUGUCUAGUGGACAGCUCGUCCUUCCUCAGUACCUGCGAGCUCUCCCCGUUUACAUCAACAGUUUGAGGAAGAGCGAGGUGCUGCUGCCAGGCCUGCGGAGCUCCGUCCACCAGCGGCUGCAGCAGCGUUGCCAGGUGCUCGGCAUGGACACCUUCACCAACGCCACACACUUCUACCCUCUGCUGUUGCCUCUGCCACUGUCAGCUGAUGGCUCAAGCCCUUUAAACCCAGAGGAGGUGCUGCGCUGCUGUGCCGCCAGCCUGGAGCCCAGAGGUCUGUAUUUGGUCCACGCACCCCUCACCCUGCUGCUCUGGGUGGGCAGCCAAGUUCCGACAUGCACCCUGGUGGAGCUCUUCAAUACCAGCUGCUUCUCCUCGCUGCCCUCUGGAGAGACCAAACUGCCUGCUCUGGAAAACCCUCUGUCCAUCAGUAUUCGAUCACUCAUCAACACACUGAACUCCCAGGUGCACUGCGCCCGCAAGUUGUGGGUGGUGAAGCAAGGCGACGCCUGCGAGGAGACUCUUCAGCGCCACCUGGUGGAAGACAAGAGUCCUAAUGGAGGAGCAUCCUACGCAGACUUCCUCUACCAUCUCCACGUCAACUCCAUCCGAGCACUGCAAUGACCGAAAUCUCA